AAAGUCAACGAAAAUUCGUCAACACUUGAAUCUUUAAUAUCUCCCCCACCCAACUAACCAUCAGAAAACAAAAACAACCACCGUGUUCCACCACCACCGCCACCGUCAUGUUAAUCCACACUCUCCUCUUCAUUUUCUUGGCUUUUCAACCAUCACACGCUCAGAUCCAAAACCAAACCACUAAUUUCCCCUGGACUCCAUCGGAAAACCGAACUCUAAUCUCUAACAACUCCGUCUUCACUGCCGGAUUCCUCGAAUCACCUACCACGGCCAACCAAUUCAUCUUCUCCGUCUACUACACAAACACCACCAAUAUUACAACAAUUUGGACGGUCAACGCUGACUCACCGGUCAACAAAUCUGCUUCACUUUCAAUAACCACCUCAGGCGAACUCCGCCUUAACAAUAUCCAGUUCCCCGGACCUCCGACAGCAUCCGGAACCGAUACUCGGAUCCUCCAGAUUUCGGAUGACGGAAGCCUGACGUAUGGAAACUGGAGCAGUUUUAACUUCCCUACGAACACAAUUGUUCCACAUCAAAAUAUUAAGGGAACGAAUCUUUCUGUUAGAAACGGAAUGUUCCGAUUUGACGGAAAACGUUUGGUGUUUAAUGGCAGUUAUGAUCCAGAAGGUGCUUAUUAUGAAAAUAGUAACGCGUUUUUGGCGCUAAAUGAGAUCGGAAUGGUGCAGUUGGAGAACGGUGCUUCGUUUAUUACUUCCGAUUAUGGUGACCGGAAGUUGAGGCGGUUGACGCUUGAUGAUACCGGAAAUUUGAGGAUUUAUAGCCUUGAUCGGAGCUCCGGCGAGUGGAAUGUUGUGUGGCAAGCUGUGCCGGAGUUGUGUAGAAUUAAAGGAACUUGUGGACCUAAUUUUGUGUGUAUGUAUGGUGAGAGUUACGAUACGACGAUUUGCGAUUGUCCGCCUGGAUUCCGGCGUGUUUCCGGCGAGAAUCCGACGAGUGGUGACGAAUGUAGAAGAAAAGUUGACUUCAGCAAUGACGUCAGCAAAGGUAGUAAGUUUUUGCAGUUGGAUUAUGUGAAUUAUAGUGGUGGACCGGGUCAAGGGAGUCAACGGUUUAUUGAGGUGUUGAAUUUUACUGGUUGUGAAUCCGGGUGCUUGAAUGACCCGGAAUGUCAAGGGUUCGGGUAUAAGUUUGAUGGUCAACGGUAUUGUGUGCUUGUGAGAGACUUGUAUUACGGGUUGUGGUCUCCGGCGACGGAGGCGACGUUUUUUCUGCGGGUCGAUAAGUCGGAGACUGACGAGACCACGUUUACGGGGUUGACGAGUGUUCUUGAGACGACGUGCCCGGUGGAAGUUAGUUUGCCUUUACCGCCUGAUGAGUCGAACUCGACGACAAGGAAUAUUGCGAUUAUAUCGACUUUGUUUGCGGCCGAGUUGAUUAGUGGUGUGGCAUUCUUUUGGGUGUUUUUGAAGAAGUAUGUGAAGUAUCGGGAUAUGGCUCGGACGUUUGGGCUUGAGUUUUUGCCUGCGGGAGGGCCGAAGCGGUUUAGUUAUGCGGAGCUUAAAGCGGCUACUAAUGAUUUUUCGAGCACGAAUGUUGUUGGGAGGGGCGGGUUUGGUGAUGUUUAUAAAGGGGUUUUGACUGAUCAUCGGAUUGUUGCGGUUAAGUGCUUGAAAAAUGUUACGGGUGGGGAUAAUGAGUUUUGGGCGGAGGUUACUAUUAUUGCGCGAAUGCACCAUCUCAAUUUAGUUCAUUUGUGGGGAUUUUGCGCCGAGAAGGGUCAGAGGAUACUUGUGUACGAGUACGUGCCAAACGGGUCGUUAGACAAGUUCUUGUUUCGUUCGGGUAAAGUUAACUACUCGGAUGAACAUGAAGAUGUUGAAGGGAGCAAGUUUUUGGACCGAAAGCCCAUGCUCGAUUGGGGUAUCAGAUACCGUAUAGCUCUAGGAGUGGCAAGGGCAAUUGCGUAUUUGCACGAGGAAUGUCUAGAAUGGGUGCUCCAUUGUGACAUCAAACCCGAAAACAUACUUCUCGGUGCUGACUUUUGCCCGAAGAUAUCAGAUUUCGGGUUAUCAAAACUAAGAAAGAAAGAGGACAUGGUUAGCUACUCAAGGAUGCGAGGAACCCGCGGAUACAUGGCACCCGAAUGGGUAAAAAGCGAUCAAAUUACACCGAAAGCAGAUGUUUACAGCUUUGGGAUGGUGUUGUUAGAGAUAGUUACGGGGGUGCGUAAUUUUGACAUUCAAGGUUCGAAAAUGGAAAGUGAAGAAUGGUACUUCCCUCGAUGGGCAUUCGAUAAGGUCUACAAGGAGAUGAAUAUCGAGGAUAUUUUGGACAAGCAGAUAAAGAGAUCGUAUGAUAGUCGACUACACGAGGACAUGAUCACACGGAUGGUGAAGACCGCGAUAUGGUGUCUCCAAGAUCGCCCCGAAGUGAGACCUUCGAUGGGGAAGGUGGCCAAGAUGCUCGAGGGAACUGUGGAAAUCAUAGAACCCAAAAAACCCACAAUAUUUUUCUUAGGUGACGAGUAAACACGAUUAUGAGAAUUUAAGUAGGUAAAUUGAGGUUUGUAUAAUUAUUUUACUGUAUAAUAUAUACACGUUGUUGCCUUUUGAUUUUAAUCUAUAUCUUAUACGAUUUUAAUUUA